GUGUUACACGAUGCAGUCCGGAGCCGUGUCCUGGGAAUACUGUGACAUUCCUGCCUGCGUCAGACGCAUACCAUCCACGCGAUUCCAGCCUCCUCCGCCCCGCGACAGGCCCACACCCAACCCCACCCGUGUCAGACGUCCCGGCCCACGCCCUCGACCCGCGCCCAGGCCAAUCCGACCCAACAAGUGUGGCACGCGGCACCAGAAGCGUGUUCCGCGGGGCCGGAUCCUGGGGGGCACCUCGUCGCUGCCCGGGUCGCACCCCUGGAUGGCAGCCAUCUACAUCGGGGAGGAGUUCUGCGCCGGCACCCUGGUGCACGCCUGCUGGGUGGUGUCGGCCGCACACUGCUUCUUCCGCAAUCCAAUGGAGUCCACUAUAAGAGUGGUUCUUGGUCAGCAGAUCUUCAAUGACACGGGUCCCGAUACCAGGACCUACGGUGUGGAAAAGUACAUCUUCCCUCCCAAGUACAGCCAGUUCCACCCUACCGAACAUGAUAUAGUGCUGGUGAAGUUGAAGAGGAAGGAGGGCCGGUGUGCGCGCAGGACGACCUUCAUCCGGCCCAUAUGCCUGCCGGAGAGGAACACCACCUUCCCCGACUACUACUGCUGCCAGAUCACAGGAUGGGGACACAUGCAGGAGACCCACGCAGGAGAGGCCUCCUACAGGAAAUAA